AUGCCGCUGGUAUAUCGAGAAGGCAUCAAAGCGUUUUCCCGGCUGCAGGAAGAGAUUUUGAAGAAGGCCACUGAUUUAUCACUCGAAUUUCGGAAAUCCGGUAACAUUACAUUGAUUGAAGACCAGUACCGCUUUCGUGACGAGAUCAGUCUGACCAAUCAUGGAGUCAAGAUCAACACCGCAGUUCAAUUCUACAGUGACGGAAUUUACAUACUGGAUCUAUGCCGUUACAGCCAAUACCGGGGUGGACCGGAGCCAAGUGUGGGCAUCUAUCUGAAGCGGGUUGUGGACCCCUACUUUCGUUAUUGGCCAGAUCGGGUGGCACAGUCGAGAGUUCCGCCGCUAGGACGUCUUGCUCUACCCAUAUAUCUAGCUUCGACCCUAGGCCAAGACGGAUUGCACGCCAUCUUGCGAAACGACAGUUAUCAACGCAUUGGUAUCGGAUUCCCCAAGGACAGUGCAAAGCUCAGAGUUGAAGAGAUCAGAGCUGCCCAAGAGACAUAUUGGAAUGCCAACGAGAGAUAUUUUUCCAUUCACGGCCUUGUCAGAUUUCAUUGCCUCGUUCGUUUCCGUAUAGUAUCGCGGUUGUACGGGGGCGCCCCCAGGGGAAAGGACGCCAUGUUCAUCCUGGUAUGCCAUGUUGCAGAUCGGUCCUCGCUCCGUCUCGGUCUGUACACAGAAAAUUCUCUGCAAAUUACACCCAAAGGAUUCAUCGAUCCCUUCAAGAAUAUCGAGCAAUACGGUCCCUUGGGUGACCCAUUCAGUCUCUCGGUCCUGAUGCCACCGCCUCAAGAAGGCCGAAGCGCUGAAAUGGUGCAUGGUGAUUUAGCGCAUGACUAUGUUGUUACUGCGUGCCUUGCCGCGUCGCCUUCUCCGCUAUUCUUAGUUACGAUCACGCUGAGGUCGCAGAUGAUCUACCCCUAA